AUGGAAAAGGAGCAGGAGAACCACACCACCUUUGCUGGAUUUAUCCUCCUGGGACUCUCCGCCUCGCCAGAGUUCCAGGGACUUCUCUUCCCCAUCUUCCUCUCCAUGUACCUACUUAGCCUGCUGGGGAACCUCUUGAUCAUCUUACUGAUCUUCUCUAGCAAGACCCUCUUCCAUGCCCCUAUGUACUUCUUCCUCACCCACCUGUCACUGGCUGACUUGGGGUUUAGUUCCAACGCUGUGCCCAAGAUGCUGCAGAUCUUGGUGUCUCAGACAAACACCAUUUCUUACAGUGGCUGCCUAACCCAGAUGUAUUUCUUUGUGGUCUUUUGUACAGCAGAUAACUUCCUGUUGGCCUCCAUGGCAUAUGAUCGCUACAUAGCCAUCUGUCGCCCACUACAUUAUGCUACAAUAAUGAGCUACAAGUGCUGCUUACUGUUGGCAGCAGGGUCUUGGCUUCUAUCUUUUUUCCAGGGCUUGUUAUAUGUAUUUACAAUAUCUAAUUUUUCUUUCUGUGGGUCCCGGGAGAUUCCACAUUUCUUCUGUGACCUCCACCCUUUACUCCAGCUCUCCUGCUCAGACACUUCAUCUGCUGAAACACUGCUCAUGUUUGAAGGUACUGCAACCAUGCUUGGACCACUCAUCCUCAUCGUCCUCUCCUACAUCUUCAUUGGAUUCAAGGUUUUGAAGGUCCCAUCAGCUUCUGGGAAGUACAAGGCCUUCUCCACUUGCAGUGCCCACCUCACCACAGUGGCCUUGUUCUAUGGCACUCUGAUAGGCACCUACAUUCGCCCGUCCUCCACUUACUCUGGCUCUAGGUUGAGAGUGGCAUCUAUAUUCUACACCGUUGUCACCCCUAUGCUCAACCCUUUCAUCUAUAGCCUAAGGAACCGUGAGAUGCAUGAGGCCCUGAGGAGGUUAUUGAGGGUUUGGUUUCAGAGGAGGAAAGUCAUGGGGAAAAUUCAUACCCUGCCCGUCAACAAUUUUCCCACGGCAGAUUUGAUAUCUGAGUGUGGCAAACUAGGCAAGCAACUGAUGCUUACUAGGAAGGUCUUGUGUAUAUGGCCCUGGUACAGUGUCAUAGAUACGCCCCAUAUCUCAGAGUGA